UACACCUAGCCUGUUGAAAUGAAGGGGGUGUCCUGGGAGGGUAGUGUGGAUCUAUAAAUAAGAGUGUGUAUGUCUAAAGUCAGAUACAGUUAAGAGCCCUAGAGAAAUAUCCCAAGACUGCAAAAGAUGGAUGAGGAGAUUAACAACCUGACCAAUCUACUGGGGAUGCCUGAUUGUGAAUAUGAUGAAUGGGAACCAUCUGUUGGACUCAUACCAGCGGCUUACCUCCUUAUAUUUUUUCUGGGCAUUACUGGCAAUGGGCUAGUGUUGUGGGCAAGCCACCGUCGGAGGGACAGGCCACGGGCUGCAGAUUCUUUUAUACUGCAAUUAGCGGUGGCUGAUUUGGCAUUUGUUGUGACUCUUCCAUUGUGGGCUGUCUAUGCUUCCCUUGGAUAUCACUGGCCCUUUGGCAAAUUGGCUUGCAAGCUUAGUGGUUAUCUAGUUUUGCUCAACAUGUAUGCCAGUGCUUUCUGCCUUACUGGACUAAGUUUGGACAGAUACAUAGUAAUUGUUCUCUCACCUGGUCCUGGUCAUCCACGUUCUCCACUAUCCAGCCCUCUGGCCACCAUCAUUACCUGGGCAAUGGCUGGGCUUCUUGCUCUUCCUGCCCUCAUAUUCAGGAACACUGGACAAACAGAUGACCUUUGGGACAACAGAACACUAUGCUACAUGGACUAUUCAGCUGUGGACAGUAACAGUCAAACUCACCUGUGGGAAGCUGUAUUGGGAUUUUCAUCCACUCUGUUGGCCUUUGUAGCUCCAUUCUGUGUUAUCCUCUAUUGCUACGCGUGCAUUGGUCGCAGAGUCUCAGGUCACUUUCACUUGCCCCUUGUUGCCAGCCGAAAAAGAAGAUUAUUAGCUAUCAUGGUUGGGCUUGUGGUCACAUUUGGAGCAUGCUGGGCCCCUUUUCACUUAGUGAAGAGUAUCUAUGUCCUCAUGAAUGCAGAAGUUUUGCCCCUCAGUUGUGCUCUGCAUGUUUUUCUCAACAACCUUCACCCCUAUGUAACCUGUUUGGGGUAUGCCAAUAGCUGCAUGAAUCCAGUUCUUUAUGCCUUCUUGGAUCCCAGAUUUAGAGGUCACUGUCGUAGGUUGCUGGGAUGUGGAAAUUUCUUAAAAGGUGACACAGAACAAGCAGAAACUCAAGAGAAGAAACCUGGAGGAGGCAGUUUUUCUGCUGGAGUUGCUGAAGACGUAAAUAAGCAUAUAAAAGUUUCAACAGAAGAAGAAGAGCUGGCUGGGAUACAGGACUAAGUACAAGUAAAGCGUAUGAAUGGAUCUAUAUCCUGAAGUAAUGUUUUUUUUUUUUUAUCAUUUUGAACUUGUCUGUAAGUUCUUGCUGUAUGUGAGUUCAGAUUUUUUUUUGUCAUAGACUAAUCUUCCUUGGAAAUGGACACUAGUGAACUCCAGUGCAUGUCCUCCAAAGACUAAAGCACUUAAUAGAUUGCUUGGGGGGAUUCUUCAAGUGCUGUUCUGUAUUUUUAUAGAUUUUUUUUUUUUUAUUCAACUGUUUACAUUACCAAGGCAAUCUAACAUGUUAGUAAUCAGGAUGUAUGUCUUAAUGAAAGCUAUUUAUUGGGUGGUGCUACAUUUUACAGCACAAAUAUUCUUUUGACCCAGUGACCAGUCAGAUUUCAGUGUAGCAUUUCUCAUGUUGGAUUGGUUGUUAUAGUCUGUCACAUAAUGAUAGCUGCGUGCUGGAGCUUUUUACAAGAAUCAGCAGCAAAGUUCCUAGAAAUAUUUUUGUUGCUACAAUUGAUUGUAGAAAUGUCAAAUGCCAAAAUAAUCUUUGGAUUUAUGUGAUAUAAAAAAAACAUCAAUUGUAGAAUGUUCUUACUGAUUAAAUGAUGUAUAUUUGUGCCAAUGCUGAUAUCUUCCGUUCUCAUCCAUUUAUUAGAUCUAAUUAGGUUUUCUGGUCCUAAAAUACUUUUAAAGCUUUAGUCAGU